AUGACUAACAGAUCAAUCUCAGUUUUGAGUCUAGUGGUUCUCUACACCUGUUUUGUAAAUGGAAAAACAACAUGCAAGCAGCUAUUAGUGCAAGAAUGGCAUCUACAGCCCUCAUUGUAUGUGGUGAAUUGGACACUAACAGAAAAUAUCUGUGUGGACUUCUACAGAGAAUGUUGGGCUCUGGAUACAAACAUUAAAAUGAAUACAUUAGACUUUCGAGUCAUUCCCCAGAUUUGUCCUUUGCAAAUUCAGUUUGGAGACAUCCUAGUAAUUUAUACAGAGUCAUCUCUUCAAUCUCUAGAAUUAAAUUUGAUGAAUGCUUCCGAAGCACUAUUCAUUGAUUGUCUGCAAAACACUACGAUUGAAGAUCAGCUACUUUUUGAUUACAAGCUGAAAGUCAUGCAAACAGUUAAUCCUCAGUGGCUGGAUGUUGGAACACAUUACUUUAUCUCAGUCGUGGCAAGUGGUCCAUCGCCGUGUCAACUGGGACUUCGACUAAAUGUAACAGUGAAACAGCAGUUUUGCCAGGAAACCCCAGGUGUAGAAUUUUGUUCUGGACAUGGUAAAUGCCUUAGUAAUAUUUGGAACAAGUCAUACAGCUGUCAAUGUCAACCUCCAUAUUCUGGAAAAUAUUGUGAAGAACUUGAUGUGUGUUAUUAUAAGCCAUGUAAAAAUAAUGGCAGUUGCAUUACUAGAAGAGGAGAAUGGAAUAAGCAUGGAUAUGAAUGUAUCUGUAACCCACCAUUUACAGGGAGAAAUUGUUCAGAAAUAAUUGGCCGAUGUCAACCACAUAUCUGUUUCCAUGGGAACUGUAGCAAUAUUACUGCAAAUAGUUUCAUUUGUGAAUGUGAUGAAGAGUUUUCAGGUCCAUUCUGUGAGGACUCAGUCAAACCUUAUGAUUCUUGGUCUUGUUGGAAAGGGGGAAUUUGCCAAAAUAGCACAUCUUCUUGCAUCUUUGAGUACCCAGAAGAAUUUCUCAAUCAAAACUGUGAAUUUGAUAGCAGUGAGUGUUCAUCAAUAGCAACUUGGAAUGGCACUAAUUGCAUCAAUUUAUCAAAUGAUGUUAUGUGCAUCUGUUCACCAAUGUUGACAGGCAAAUUUUGCAAGAUAAUUGAAAUGCCACAUGAGUCAUUUCCUGAGAAGAAUAAUAUCACAUGUUCAACACAUGAGGAAGAUUGUCAUUGCAGUUGCAUCCCAGGAGUUACUGGAAAAAUUGGUGAGAAAAACAUUGACCACUGUAGACUACUCAGCAUCAACUGCCUGGAUGAGCGAUGGAGUUUCAGUAUAAUUGGAAGAUUCGAAUACACAUUCAUCCUCUGGUACACAAGAAACUCAAGUUCUUGUGUGAAGAAUAUUCACUUAAUUCAUCAUUCAUGUUGCUACUGUGGAGUCACCUGCAAUGACAUUUGUGGAGCUAAAGUUCUUCCUCAGUUUGACUAUGUAUGCCAACUGGAAAGUGCAGGUUAUGAAGGUGAAAAAUUUCAAGUGGCCAUUGUGGCUUACUUUUCUCUGGCUGACAACUGUGUUGGAAAUGGAGCUGAUAUGAACACACUUGAAGAUAUUAGCCAUGUAUAUAGCUUCCCAUAUGAAGGCAUAAUACAGAGUUGUACAGAUGGGUGCAGUUGCUUGGCUGAAGAAGAGAAUCAGAGUCAUUGGUGUAUAUGUGGUCUUAGAUGGGCUGUCCAACUGCAUCUGGAAAAUACAACUGAUUAUCCAGCAAAUAGAUGUCAACACGAAGAUCAGUGUAAAGGUGAAAUGAAUGUAACCAGAUGCGGUUGUACUGUUGGUUAUGUUGGCAGACUCUGUGUUGUCAAUGAUGAAUAUUGGGUAGGAAACCAGAGUUCACCAGAGCAUCGACUCUUUCCUACCCAUUUGCACAACUGCAACUGUAGCUGUCUGCAAAGGUAUGGAAGAAACAACAGUGGAACAGAAUAUUAUAAAUCUGUGCCCUACAAAACUGGAGCAGCCGGUAUACAUUUAAGCAGAUAUUUCUUCUCCAAGUGUGUCUCAGGAUUUGCAGGUACAAGUUCUGAAAUAGAUACAGAUGAGUGUGCCUCCCGUCCCUGCAAGAAUGGAGCCACCUGCAUUGACCAACAAAGUAAUUACUUCUGCCAAUGUAUGCCUCCAUUUAAAGUGAUUGCUGGCUUUUCCUGCCUCUGCAGCCCAGGUUAUGCUGGACUGCGAUGUGAACAUGACAUUGACGACUGUCUCCUGCAUACCUGUGAGCACAAUGCUACCUGCGAAGAUCUGCACCUUAGCUACCGGUGUGUGUGCCAGUCUGGUUGGGAAGGACAUUUUUGUGAACAAGAGUCCAAUGAGUGUAAAAUGAAUCCUUGUGAGAACAAUUCCACCUGUACUGACCUUUACAAAAGCUAUCGCUGUGACUGUAAGUCUGGAUGGACUGGAAAAAACUGCAGUGAAGAAACAAAUGAAUGUGACUCUGACCCAUGUAUGAAUGGAGCUCUGUGUCAUGAAUCUACAGCCCCUGGGCAAUUUAUAUGUCUGUGCCCACCCUUCUAUAUGGGACAAUUUUGCCAUCAACGCUACAACACCUGUGAUCUACUCAAUGAUGCUUGCAGAAAUAACUCAACGUGCUUGACUUUGGUAGAUGGAAAUCAUUGUAUUUGCAGAGAAGGAUUUUUAGGUGACCACUGUGAAAUUGAUGUGAAUGAGUGCCUCUCACUUCCCUGCCAAAAUUAUGGUGACUGUGAAGAUGGGGUCAAUGAUUUCAGAUGUGUUUGCAGACCUGGGUUUUCUGGACAUCUGUGUGAAAUUGAAAUUAAUGAAUGUUCCUCUAAGCCUUGUAAAAAUAAUGGAACAUGUGUGGAUCUGGAAAACAGCUUUUUAUGUAACUGUCAACCUGGGUACCAUGGCUCCUUCUGUGAACACACUGGGAAUGAAUGCAAAACCUCAUCUUGUCCAGAAGCAGAAAACUGUGUCAGCACAACUGGUGAACACAGCUGUAUCUGUGUCCCUGGUUACACAGGCAGUGAUUGUGAAGUAAAUAUAGAUGAAUGCCUGUCAGAACCCUGUCUUCAUGAUGGAGAUUGUAUUGAUGGCAUUAAUCAUUAUACCUGUGACUGCAAGAGUGGGUUUUUUGGAACACACUGUGAGACAAAUGCAAAUGAUUGCUUCUCAAAUCCUUGUCUACAUGGAAGGUGCAUAGAUCUCAUCAAUGCAUAUCAAUGUUUAUGUGAUGCAGAAUGGACUAGCACAAGAUGUGAGGUCAAGAUUACUGACUGCAGUUCAAUUACUUGUAUGAAUGAAGGCUUCUGUCAGGAGUCAAUACAUGGAUUCACCUGCAUUUGCCCACUUGGAUACACAGGUGCAUAUUGUGAAAAAAGCUUUGAGCCUGAAAUGAAUUUAGUCCUUUGUCUGAAUGGAGGGAUUCGUGUUGAUGGACCAGAACACAAUUUUGACUGUAGAUGUCUUUCUGGAUUUUCUGGUCAAUUUUGUGAAAUUAAUAUAGAUGAAUGUUCUUCAUCACCAUGUCUUCAUGGAGCUAACUGUGAAGAUCACAUCAAUGGAUAUAUUUGCAUAUGUCAACAAGGGUGGUCUGGACAUCACUGUGAGAAAGAAGUAUAUGAAUGCAUUGACAAUUCAUGUACUCAUGCAGUAUACAAAGAUGAACCUGGCUCAUCGUAUUUCUACACAUCAGAAUCUGUGACUUGUUCUAUUGGGCUUCUUCAUGGUGAUGAAAUGAGCAGAGUCACUUGUUUACUUCCCAUUUCUCAAAGAACAGAUGUCACUUCUUCAAAAACAUAUAUAACACUCCCUUCUGAAACUUCGGUCAGUAGUUUUCCAUCUGUAAGGGCUACUGGAAUCUGGACCAUAAUGGAUACUUAUCCAGCUGAUCAAGACAUUUUCAAACAUAAUGUUCCUCCAACCAGUGGUUUGGCAGAAUGAAGUAUUGACAUAUCUUUUUAAACCUACUUACUUGGAGAACUAAUUUCCUCUAAAGAACUUUCAGCAAAACAGUCUUUGUUUUCUUUCACAGCUGUUUCCUCUUCUGGAUUUCUGAAUUUUGGUGUUCAUGAAGAAGUACAAACUGUCUGGAGCAAAACUUCUGUAUCACAGCUGUCUAUCCAAACUUCUGCAGCCAUGCCAGCAUUCUUUUUCCCAGAUAGGAGAAAGACACCACUUAUGGGCACUUCCUUAUUGACAGAUUUUACUUUUCCUACACAAUCCUUUUUACUUGAGAGAUAUCAGACUGCUGCCUUCUCUGCUACCACAAUGAAUUCAGUAAUUAGUGACAUUGCAAGGGCUGCUACUGAGUUAAACCGACACUCAUUACUCUCCCGUGGAUUCACGCUCUCAACUGCUUCUGCAAGUGCACCUCCAGUUGUCUCUAGGGGAGCUGAAGAAGGUAUUGAAAAAUAUUCAGCUGUUCCUUUAAUUUCAAGAAUACAGCACUGGAGAUUACUGAGCUCCUCGAUGUCUCCCAUUCUUCCUGCUAAGAUAAUUAUAUCCAAACAGGUAGCCAUCUUAAACUCAUCAACUCUGCACCGAUUCAGUUCACAAGCCUCUCUUCCCAGUGAACAUCACGCUAUUACUGAAACAUCUAGCGACCGGAGACUCACAAACAUCAAAUCACAGGCUGCUGAUUCUUUAAGUGAAUUAAGCCAAACAUGUGCAACUUGCUCUAUGACUGAAAUAAAAUCCUCUUAUGAAUUCUCAGAUCAAGUUUUGCAUAGAAAACAGUCCCACUUUUAUGAGACAUUCUGGAUGAACUCAGCAAUAUUAGCCAGCUGGUAUGCACUAAUGGGAACUCAAACUAUCACUUCUGGGCAUGCAUUUUCUUCUCCUACAGAAAUAACACCAUCAGUGGCAUUCACAGAACUGUCAUCUUUAUUUCCUUCUAAAAAGAGUGCAAAAAGAACAAUUUUAUCCUCAUCCUUGGAAGAAUCCAUUACCCUAUCAAGUAAUUUGGAUGUUAAUUUAUGUUUGUAUAAGACAUGUUUAUCUAUUGUCCCUUCACAAACUGUGUCUUUAGACUUUAUGAAUUCUGAUCUGACUUCCCAACUAACUAUUGAUGAUCUGUCACUAUCAGAAAACAUUUUAAAAGUAUUGAAAAUAGGACAACAUCCUGUAGCUGUGGCCCCCACUGACAUAUUGAGUCAAGGAAAUGUAAAGGACAUAGAAGAAGGUGGAGUACCUCACACACACAUCAAACAGCACAGAAGUGAUAGUUCUCUGGAUCUUGAAUUAAACUUACAAUCUGAUUCAGGUGUAACUUUGAAGAUAAAUUCAGAAACUGUACAUUCAAAUGACUUCAAAAAUCGUAUGCCACUGCCUACAGAUUCGCUGUCUGAUUUUGUACAAAUGUUCUCUAAUGUUGCACUUUAUACAGUUUCAGCACCACAACCCCUUCCUGUACAGACCUCUUUCCCCAUUUCUGUAAGUCAGCCGGCUAGCCCAUUUUACAUGGAUUAUCCACCCUUCACAUCUGAUUUAAAAGACCAGGGCAGGACUGCUGCAGAAUGGCCCAGAUGGGAACUUCAGCCUAGUAUGCAGGAUCGGCAAUCUCUUGCUGCAAGCCAGGGUCCUUCCAUCACUAGAUCUCUUACUUUGUCUGCACUGGAGUCCCUUACAGCACCUCAACAGCUGAUUGUUUCUGAUUUCAGUUGUGUUCGGUAUUAUGGAGAUUCCUAUCUAAAAUUUCAGAAUGUGUUUUUAAAUCAACAAAAUAGCAUCUCCCUAGAAUUUCAGACCUCAAGCUCUCAUGGACUCCUUCUCUAUGUCAAGCAAGACUCAGAUUUGGUGGAUAAAUUUUUUACUCAAUUGUUUGUUGAAAAUGGUGCUUUAAAGUAUCAAUUUUUCUGUGCUGGUGAUGCAGAAUUGAAAAGCAUUAACACUACCAUUAGAGUGGACAAUGGACAAAAGUAUACUCUGCUUAUCAGGCAAGAAUUGGAUCCAUGUAAAGCUGAACUGACUAUUCUAGAGAGGAUUAUAAAAUUAAGCGAAACUACCCAUCAAUUAUCUGGAAAACCUUUGCCAAUAUCAGGAUCUGUCUUUAUUGGUGGGUCACCACAUCUUCAUGGAAAAGAUCAGAUUUCUGGACCAGUCUCAGUGGAGAAUUUCACUGGCUGCAUAGAAGUUAUAGAAUUCAAUAACUUGAGAUCUUUUGUGCCAUCCAAGGCAGUGGAAAAAUAUCACAUUGACAAUUGCAGAUCCCAGGAUUUGGCUCUGUCUCCAGCAACCACUUUCAUCGCACCUUCUGGUACAACACAAGGGAAUGAUUCCAGGCCGACCUCCCUAGGCCCCUCUCCUGCAGCGCCGUCUGUCUGCCAGGAGGCUACGUGCCACCACGGAGGCACUUGCCGACCCAUUUUCCUCUCCAGUGGCAGCUACGCAUUCCGGUGUGACUGUCCACUGCGUUUCACAGGCCGCUUCUGUGAAAAAGAUGCAGGUUUACUUUUUCCAUCUUUCAAUGGGAAUUCCUAUUUAGAACUGCCUUUUUUUACAAAUUUGGAUGAGUUGAAGUUUGUCCAGGAGAAGAAACAUAACAGAAUUGUUACCAUCUACUUGACCAUAAAAACAAGCUGUUUAAAUGGAACCAUUCUGUACAGCACUGACAACAAUUUUGGAGAACAAUUUCUUCAUUUAUUUCUUGUGGAAGGCAGACCUACAGUUAAAUAUGGAUGUGGAAGUCCUCAAAAUAUCCUGACUGUUUCUGCUAAUUACACCAUUAACAGAAAUGCAUUCAUCCCCAUCACAAUAUGCUACACAGUGCCAGUUGGUAGCCCUGAAGUUGCUUGCAUGAUUGAAAUGGCUGCAGAUGGAAAACCUCCAAUGCAGAAGAAAAACAUAGAAACAACCUAUACUCAGGGAUAUUUUGAAUCCAUGUUCCUUGGCAGUAUCCCAGAAAAUGUUAAGAUCUCUGAGAGUGUCGGCCAAAUUUUUGGGUUCGAGGGUUGCAUUCAAAAACUUCAAGUAAACAACAAAGAAGUCUUAAUCAUUGAAGAAGCACUGCAUGGGAAGAACAUUGAGAAUUGUUAUAUCCCUUGGUGUGAUCAUCAUCUAUGCCACAACAACGGCACCUGCAUCAGUGAUGGUGAAAACUGGUUUUGUGAGUGUCCAAGGCUGUAUUCUGGCCAGCUGUGCCAGUUUUCAAUUUGUGAGAACAACCCGUGUGGAAAUGGUGCCACCUGUGUUCCAAAAUCUGGAACAGAUAUUGUCUGUCUCUGCCCAUAUGGGAGGUCUGGACCCCUCUGCACUGAUGCUAUUAAUAUUACUCAGCCCAGGUUCAGUGGCACGGAUGCCUUUGGAUACACUUCAUUCCUGGCUUACUCACGGAUCUCAGACAUCAGCUUCAAUUAUGAAUUCCACUUGAAGUUUCAGCUGGCAAACAACCACUCAUCACUACAAAAUAACUUGAUAUUUUUUACUGGACAGAAAGGCCAUGGGCUGAACGGUGAUGACUUCCUGUCAGUGGGACUGCUGGAUGGCUGUGUGGUAUACAGCUAUAAUCUGGGAUCUGGUGUAGCAAGUAUCAGGAGUGAGCCUCUUGACCUGAGCAUCGAAAUCCACACCAUCUAUCUAGGCAGGUUCUUCAGAAAGGGCUGGCUAAAGGUAGAUGACCACCAAAAUAAGUCCAUUAUCUCCCCAGGAAGACUCGUUGGACUCAAUGUCUUCAGUCAGUUUUAUGUAGGUGGCUACAGUGAAUACCUUCCAGACCUCUUACCAGAUGGAGCCUCUUUUAAAAAUGGUUUUCAAGGUUGUAUUUUUACUCUUCAAGUUCGCACUGAGAAGGAUAGCCAUUUCAGAGGACUGGGAAAUCCUGAGGGCCGCCCAAUUGCUGGGCGCACUGUUGACCAGUGUGAUGCAUCUCCUUGUAGUUUAAUGAAAUGUGGCAAUGGUGGGACAUGCAUAGAAGAUGGAGCUAUUGUAUACUGCAAGUGUCCCACUGGGUGGAAAGGAACUUUCUGCACACAGGCAGUUUCCACCUGUGAUCCUGAACAUGACCCUCCACACCACUGUAGCAAAGGAGCAACGUGUGUUUCCUUGCCUCAUGGAUACACCUGUUACUGUCCUCUAGGAACCACUGGAAUAUACUGUGAACAAGCUUUCUCUAUAAGUGAUCCAUCUUUCAGAAGUGAUGAAUUAUCCUGGAUGUCUUUUGCUCCCUUUCAAAUUCGAAAAAAAACUCACAUACAAUUACAGUUUCAGCCUCUUGCUAUGGAGGGGAUCCUAUUUUAUGUUGCAAAACACUUAAAAGCACAAUCAGGUGAUUUUCUAUGUCUCUCUUUAGUAAAAGGUUCUGUUCAACUUCGCUACAAUCUUGGUGACAGAACCAUCAUUCUAGAAAAUCCCCAAAAAGUAACUACCAAUGGAAGUAUCUGGCACAUGAUUAAAGCUGGAAGAGUUGGUGCAGAAGGCUACCUGGAAGUAGACGGCAUGAACAUAAUAGAAAAAGCCUCUGCUAAAAUGAGCUCCCUGGAUACAAAUACAGAUUUCUAUAUUGGAGGACUAUCAUCCUUAAAUCUUGUAAACCCCAUGGCAACAGCCAAUGAACCUGCAGGUUUUCAAGGUUGUGUCCGAGAAGUUAUUAUAAAUAAUCAAGAAUUACAAUUAACCGAAUUAGGAGCAAAAGAUGGUUCAAAUGUUGGUGACUGUGAUGGGACAGCCUGUGGAUACAGUACGUGCAGAAAUGGGGGAGAAUGUAUGGUAAAUGGUACAGCAUUUUCUUGCAGGUGCUUGCCACAUUGGGCUGGAAAUACAUGUAAUGAGUCUGUGCAUUGUCUGAAUAACCCUUGUCUCCACCAAUCUCUAUGUAUACCUGACCAAUCCUUUUCUUACAGUUGUCUAUGUACUUUAGGUUGGGUGGGAAGGCAUUGUGAAAACAAAACUUCAUUUUCAACUGCAAAAUUUAUGGGUAAUUCUUACAUUAAAUACAGUGAUCCAAAUUAUAAAGAAAGAAACCUUCAGUUCACUACUGUUUCUUUAAAUUUCAGUACUACUGAAACAGAAGGCUUAAUAGUUUGGAUGGGAAAAGCUCAAAAUGAAGAAAACGAUUUUUUGGCAAUUGGUCUCCACAAUCAGACCUUGAGAAUUGCAGUUAACCUGGGAGGAAAAAUCUCUGUGUCAGUAAGUUACAGCAAUGUCACAUUCUGUUGUAACAAAUGGCACCAUGUAGCUGUAAAUCAAAACCAGACUCUUAUCACGGCCUACCUAGACAGCAGCUUGAUUCUUUCUAAGGGUAUUGAUUCACACAAAACAUUUGUUGCUCUAAACUAUGGUGGUAUUUGUUAUCUAGGGGGCUUUGAAUAUGGCCGGAAAGUUAAUAUCAUUACUCAAGAGAUUUUCAAAAGAGAUUUUGUGGGCAAAAUAAAAGAUGUUGUGCUUUUUCAGGACUCAAAAAAAAUUGAGUUAAUCAAAUCAGAAGGGCACAAUGUUUAUGAUGGAGAUGAAAAUAAUUAAGUUACCUGA